CAUCAAGCAAAGAUGUUGAGUGGGGCGUGGGCAGUGGGAGCGGGCACAACAAACUGUACCAAAUGAAAAGGGACUUAACGGGAGCCGCUUUCUUGCAUCGAGCAGACUAGCUUAGUGACUGAACAGUUGCUCCCUUCACCCCUACCCUUAGUUGCCGCCCGACCACCGACCCCAACUGUCACAGCCUCCUACAGCCCAGAGAAACGAGUCAGGAGGAGUAGAGAGGGGGGAGGAGGAAGAAGGAGCCUGGGUAGAGGAGAAAAAUGGAUGACAUCUUCACUCAGUGUCGGGAGGGCAAUUCUGUAGCUGUGCGUCUGUGGUUGGACAACACAGAGAAUGACCUUAACCAGGGGGAUGACCAUGGUUUCAGCCCCCUUCACUGGGCGUGUCGGGAGGGGAGGAGUGGGGUGGUGGACAUGCUGAUCAUGAGAGGGGGUCGCAUUAAUGUGCUGAACAGAGGUGACGACACACCCCUCCACCUCGCCGCCAGCCAUGGGCACAGGGAAAUUGUGGCUAAGUUGAUCCAGUGCAAAGCAGACACCAACACAGUCAACGAACAUGGCAACACUCCACUCCACUAUGCUUGCUUCUGGGGACAGGAUCUGGUGGCAGAGGACCUGGUAGCCAGUGGAGCCCAGGUGCAUGUGUGUAACAGGUUUGGGGAGACCCCCCUGGACAAGGCCAAGGACCACCUCAGACAGAUCCUCAAAGAGAAGGCAGAGAAAGAGGGCCAGAGUCUCACCAGAGUCCCCUACAAGGAAACCUUCUGGAAGGGCACCAUGCGAACACGGCCCCGUAACGGCACACUGAACAAGCAGGCAGGGCUCGACUACAAGCAGCUGUCCCUCCUGGCCAAGCUCAACGAGAACCACUCUGGAGAGCUUUGGCAGGGUCGUUGGCAGGGGGACGAGAUCGUGGUUAAGGUUCUACAUGUCCGAGACUGGACCACGAGGAAGAGCCGAGAUUUCAACGAGGAGCACCCCAAACUCAGGAUAUUCUCCCACCCUAACAUCCUCCCUGUCCUGGGGGCCUGCCAGUCUCCCCCCUCUCCCCACGCCAUCAUCAUCACCCCCUACAUGCCCUACGGAUCCCUCUACAACAUACUGCACCAGGGCACCACUUUGGUGGUUGACCAGACUCAGGCAGUGAAGUUUGCGUUGGACAUAGCCAGUGGGAUGGCUUUCCUGCACACUCUAGAACCCAUGGUUCCCCGACUGUACCUCAACAGCAAGAGUGUCAUGAUUGAUGAGGACAUGACUGCUAGGAUCAGUAUGGCUGAUGCCAAGUUCUCCUUCCAGUGUCCUGGCCGAAUGUAUUCUCCUGCUUGGAUGGCACCUGAAGCCCUCCAGAAGAAGCCCGAGGACAUCAACAGGAGGUCAGCCGACAUGUGGAGCUUCGCCGUGCUAAUCUGGGAGCUGGUCACCAGGGAGGUUCCCUUUGCUGACCUGUCACAGAUGGAGAUAGGGAUGAAGGUGGCUCUGGAGGGUCUACGGCCCACCAUCCCCCCUGGGAUCUCCCCGCACAUCUGCAAGCUGAUGAGGCUCUGCAUGAACGAGGACCCCGCCAAGAGGCCCAAGUUCGACAUGAUCGUCCCCAUCCUGGAAAAGAUGCAGGACAAGUGAGGGCCCGUCCAGACCCACUGUCCUCCCUCCGCUUCCCAGCGCCCAGCUCCGGCUUCUCCUCCAGCUGUUCCCAUCAGCACCACUUGAGUGUCCCUGUGUAUUUAUAAUGCUGCCUUUCCCUUCAACCGUCCAUCUAUCUAUCUUUCCACUGACUAAGCUAGUAUCUACUCAUUUUUUUUAAACGUUGGGCCAAAGUGGUGUCAACCAAAGGUUAUGAUGCUCUAGCUGCAUAGAGCUUUUAAUAGUUCACUGUGGCUGCAGAAAAUCACCAAAGUCCUCAUUCCUGUACUGAGUUACUGCAUAUUGCUUAUAGAGAGACACGUGCACAUGAAAUCGAUUUAAAUAUAUGUACAAAAGAGCAUUGUAUUGUAACAUGUUUCAACAUCUAUGCAUAUCAAUAAACUUGAUGCUUUCAUGUCAAA